AAAAAAGGAAAGAAAAUAUUACUGUAUGCUUUGAACUUCGAAAUUCGAACCUAUCGUUCUGUAACGCUUUUUGAGAGAACCCAUGUUUGUUUUAUUCUGAUCUAUCAUCAAAUUCCUUUAUUUGAUAGAUGCCAAUCCCCUCUUGAAAGAAUUUCUCUCUUCUGCCUUCUUUCAUCAUCGAGCUUUCUUCAGGAUCUAUUCUGGAGCUUUCCAUUAUCCUACGUCAACACUGCCCUGCAAUUUUAGUUCUUGGGAAGGGUAGCCACAGUAUAUAGAAGCAUGGGUAGUCCCCAAGAGCCUAAGAAAAGAGUGGCAUUUGUGCUAAUUGAUGGCUUGGGGGAUGUCUCAUUGCCAAUGUUGAAUUACAAAACUCCACUGCAAGCAGCCAAUGUUCCCUACCUGGAUGCAAUUGCAUCUGCUGGAGUUAAUGGUCUCAUGGACCCUGUUGAAGUAGGCUUGGCUUGUGGAAGUGACACAGCUCAUCUUUCCUUACUGGGUUAUGACCCACGAGUAUAUUACAAGGGUCGAGGAGCAUUUGAAUCCAUGGGUGCCGGGUUGGCGAUGUCACCUGGGGAUAUUGCAUUCAAGUCGAAUUUUGCUACCCUGGAUGAGAAAACUGGAAUAGUCACUAGCAGACGGGCAGAUAGGCACUUUGAAGAAGAAGGGCCCAUUCUCUGUGCCUCCCUAGAUCGGAUGAAGCUGCCUUCUUUUCCUGAGUAUGAAAUCAGAGUUAGGUAUGCAACGGAACAUAGAUGCGGAGUGGUUGUGAAAGGGCCAAGACUGAGUGGGAACAUAUCAGGAACAGACCCACUGAAGGACAACCGUUUACUUCUGCAAGCUGAGGCAUUAGAUGAUACUGACGAGGCAAGGCACACAGCUGCAGUUGUUAAUGAGUUAUCAAGGGAGAUCUCACGACUUCUGAUCUCUCACCCAUUAAAUGCAAAACGAGCUGCUGAAGGGAAGAACAUUGCCAAUCUUGUCCUUUUACGAGGAUGCGGAAUUCGAAUCGAGGUUCCACAAUUUGAUAAGAAACAUGGAUUACGGCCUUGUAUGGUAGCUCCUACCAAAAUUAUUGCUGGUUUGGGUCUGUCUCUUGGUAUUGAUAUCCUGGAAGCUCCUGGAGCUACUGGAGAUUAUCGAACACUUCUAACUUCCAAAGCAACUGCCAUAUCCAGGGCACUCUCGGCUCCUCUAAAUUCUUGCCCCAAUGUAUUUGUACCAGGGGAGGAUGAGCUCAAGGCAGGGCAGCCGGAUGGCUAUGAUUUUGGGUUUCUCCAUAUAAAGGCAAUAGAUGAUGCAGGUCAUGAUAAAGCAAGCAUAUUCAAAGUUAAAGGAUUGGAAGCUGUAGACAGAGCCAUAGGCCAGCUUGCCGCACUCCUUUGGCAGUCUGAAUCAACUGGGAAAUUCCAAUACUUUCUUUGCGUCACUGGAGACCACUCUACUCCUGUUGAAUAUGGAGACCAUAGUUUCGAACCAGUUCCAUUUGCAUUGUGCCGAUUAACAGACUUUGUGGGGGCGGUGGGUGGGGAGUCCGUGAUCAAGGAAAUCUCCCUUGAUCCAUUCCCACUUCCAACCAUUAAGGCUGGUGAAGACGUGCCUGAAGAUAUGAAGACGGAACAAGAGAGAAGUGGCAAAGGACUACAAGCUUUCAGUGGUGAUUCAGUUUGUGAGCUCAAUGAGAUAGCCGCGGCAAGGGGAUGUCUUGGACGAUUUCCGGGUGGAGAAAUGAUGGGAAUCAUCAAGAGAUUUGUGAAAGUGGAUGUGUAAACACUGCUCUUGAAAGAUUUAAUUUGGUGGAUUAAGGAUUUGGCAACUCAUAAUAAGAGCUUUUCCCAAUAAAGGAUUGUUAAAAGAAAUAAAACCACUACCAGACGAUUUUGAAUCAAUCAACAUUUUUGAAAUUUGCUUCC